CAUCAUCAUCGUUUGUUUACGAAAUUUGAAUCGAUUCGAUCUCGUUGCAAAGUUGUUUUAAUUAGUUUUCACGAAAUUUUGAGGGAAAUUCAAACAAAUUCUGCCCAAAAUGGACGUAGGCGAGUUGCUAUCGUUCAAGCCGGAACAAACGCCGAAGCGGCCGUCCGACUUUGACAACGAUGAGGAUUCCGGGGACGACACGUCGUCCGUGGUUUCAGCCGGACCCGCUCCCAAGUCUCGCAAAUCCGAACAACAGGCGAACGUUCGCACCAAAGUGGUCGUUCCGCAGAAGGAGCCCCAAAUCAGCGAGCAGGAGCGGUUGGACAUUCUCAAGUUUGUCGAAACGGAGGAGGUUGAGGGUGGCGAAGUGAUGGAUGAGGCUGGGUUGAAGAAGAUUCUGCUGUUGUUUGAGAAGCGGGUGCUGAAGAACCAGGAAAUGCGCAUCAAGUUCCCGGACAAUCCGGAGAAGUUUAUGGAGAGCGAAAUUGAGUUGAACGACAUUAUUCAGGAGUUGCACGCGGUCGCGACCGUUCCGGAUUUGUAUCCGCUGCUGGUGGAGCUGAACGGGGUGUCCAGUUUGCUGGAGCUGUUGUCCCAUCAGAAUACGGACAUUAGCGUGGCCGUUGUGCACCUGUUGCAGGAGUUGACCGACGUGGACAUUUUGCACGAAAGUUUGGAAGGGGCGGAAACGUUGAUUGAAGCGUUGCGGAAUCAACAAGCCGCGGGAUUGCUUGUUCAGAAUCUGGAGAAGCUUGACGAAGGCGUAAAGGAGGAAGCCGAUGGCGUGCACAACACGAUGGCCAUUUUUGAGAAUUUGAUGGAGAUCAAGUCGGAAAUUGCCAAAGAAAUAGCCGAACAAGGUUUGAUGCAGUGGAUCUUGAAAAGGCUUCGCAUGAAGAUGCCAUUCGACGCUAACAAGUUGUACUGCAGUGAAAUAAUGUCCAUUCUGCUGCAAGACACCAACGAGAAUCGGAUUCUGCUUGGGAAUAUAGAUGGCAUUGACGUGCUGUUGCAACAGCUGGCUGCUUACAAGCGACACGAUCCGACCUCCACCGAAGAGCAGGAAUUCAUGGAAAACCUCUUCAACAGCCUCUGUUCGGCGCUGAUGGCCGCGGAAAACCGCGAAAAGUUUCUCAAGGGUGAAGGACUUCAGCUGAUGAAUCUGAUGCUGCGCGAGAAGAAACUUUCCCGAAAUGGCUCGCUCAAGGUGCUGGACCACGCCGUGUCCGGACCGGACGGGCGUGACAAUUGCAACAAGUUUGUAGACAUUCUUGGGCUGCGAACCAUCUUUCCGCUGUUCAUGAAGACGCCUAAACGGAACAAAAAGCGCUUGCUCAGCACCGACGAGCACGAGGAGCACGUCGUUUCGGUCGUGGCCAGCAUGCUGCGGAACUGCAAGGGACCACAGCGCCAGCGCCUUCUCGCCAAGUUCACCGAGAACGACUUUGAAAAGGUCGAACGACUGAUGGAACUGCACUUUAAAUAUCUGGAAAAGGUGGAGGAAGUGGACCGUGAAGUUGAUCAACAAAUUAACGCCGGCGAGGAAGAGGAGGACGAGGACGCCAUCUACAUCAAGCGCCUCUCGGGUGGGCUUUUCACGCUUCAGCUGAUCGACUACAUCAUUCUGGAGAUCAGCUCGACCGAUGUGGUGAAGCAGCGCAUCCUGCAGAUUCUGAGCCUGCGCAACGCCUCGAUGAAGACGAUCCGGCACGUGAUGCGCGAGUAUGCGGGCAAUCUGGGCGACGCGGGUGAUUCGGACUGGCGGGAGCAGGAACAGGCGCACAUUAUUCAGCUGGUGGAUCGCUUUUAAUUUUGGUUGAGUGCGCUUAGGAUAAAAUAAAUGAGUUCCACGUA